AUGUCUCUACUAAUAUCGGAUAUUCUCGAUGAAAUUUUCCAACAUCUUACUGCACUCAAAAACCCAUUCAAUUAUCAUUCUUCGGAAGUUUACGAUAAUUUAUACUCGUGUAUAUUAGUAAAUAAGCAAUGGUGCGAUAUAGCUAUUCCACAUCUAUGGCGUCGCCCAUUCUCAUCAGUUCAUUCUUACGCUCAAUACAAAAUUUUAAUGAUAUAUUUAUCACUUUUAGACAAAUCAAAACAGGAAAAAAUAAAAAUUGAACUAGGUCAUAAAUUCUCUUAUAUAUGCACUCCGACUUAUAACUACGCUUCAUUUAUAAGACAUUUAGAUUAUGCUGAAUUGAUUUCAGCUAUUAGAAGCUUUUACUUCAUUUCAACAAAGAACAAUAAAACAUUUUUUAAGGAAGAAAUUAUUUUUAUGCUUUCUGACUUGGUCCGCGAAUUAUUUGUAAAGUCCGGCUCUAGAUUAAUUAGUUUGAGAGUUAUGCUUCGUGAUUGUUCAAAAUGGUUUGCGGGAUUUGAUGAUCCGGCUUUUCGUAGUUGGAUUUCAGGAAUUCAUAAUUUAUAUAUUGUUGGCUUAAGCGAGGAAACAUGUCAUAUUUUACAGAUUCUAACGGACGAUUGCAAAUUUCUGAUGAAUUUAAGUAUAAGCGUAUGGAAUUUCGAAACGGACAAAAAUUCUCAAAUUUUAGAGGAUUACGUAGUUGAUUUUCUAAACUCUCAACAAAAUCUUAAAAUUCUAUCGAUUUACGAUUGCGACGGGUUUACGCGAUUAAUAAUACCAUCAUUAAAAUCGUUUUCAUGCUCACUCGAGCGUUUAUCAUUGGAAUACGUUGAUUUUAGCGGAUGCACAAAUUGGGAUAGUAUCAAUACAUUUAACAAACUUAAUACAUUAACAAUAUCAUAUUGUUAUAAUUUACCACAGAAAAUGGUUCGUACUUUACUCGAUUGCAGAUUUCCAAAAUUACAGCGAGUCAACUUGCAAGAAGACUCAAACUCAUACAUAUAUCCUAAAGAAUUGCUUGAUUGGGCGUUUAGUAUUAAUAUUAUGCAUGCUAGAUUCAAGCAUUUAAAAAAAAUUGAAAAUACUGAUCUAAGAGUAUGG